UAGAAGAAAAGUACUACAAUCAAGUAAUAUUAUAAUCGAAUUACAUAAAACAACAGAUAUAUAUAUCAAUAAAAUUGAAGAACCUGAAACUAUAAGCAUAGCUUGAACACCCUCUUACUAGCAUGAACAAUAUACACUCAUUUACUAGCAUGAACACCCUCUUACCUACGAACUUUUCCACCCUAAUUCAUUUCCUUCGUAUCUUUGUAUCUAAGGUCAUGACCUCUGUACACUAUAACUACGUCAUGUCAAGUCUGAUUAUCUCUCCUCAAUAUUUCUUCUAUUUACCUCUACUUCUCUCUUCAUUGAACUCAUCCCUAGUCAAUCUCUCGUACCUACGCACUGACACAUACAUGUGUCUUCUCAUCACAGAUCCAAAUUAUCUCAAUAUCACUUUCUGCAUCUUAUCUUCCACUGAAGGCACUAUCAAAACACAACAUUUUAAAAGGACUUACAUACCUACACUCAUUGUUAUCUCAUUUUAUGAGACGAUUUACAUGAUUCAAAAUCAUGUCAGAGCACAUAAAUUUUUUUCUAUUCUAAGACUAUAUUAUCCUAUUCAAAUUUAUGUGCUCGGACAAAAAAGAAAAGAAUAAUAAUAGUCAAAAUAGAGAGCCACACAAAUUUAAAUCAGUGACUAGAAUAAGUUUUAGACUAAAUAAAACAAGUUGAUGGACCCAAAAGAAGAUUACAAAUUUAACUCCACCAUGUAACCUUAAACCCAUCUUCUGUCCAUUUACGGAAGAAGUCACAACACACUUGCUACAUGGGCGCAUGCGGCAUUGAAUUUAUUUGAACUCAAUAAUUUGAAUCGAACAAAUUUAUAUGUAAAUAUUCACAAAUGAUUUUAAUUGAUUUUGUUCAUAGUCGAACAUAAUUUUAAUUUUUAAAUAUAAAUAUACGAAUAUCACUUCAAAAACAAAAGUUUUUUUUUUUCAAUUUUCAUGAUCAAGUUUAAAUGGUGGUGCUUGGAAGCUCUGUUUUCUCAUCAAUCUACUCACGUUAACCUUCACUAUAAAUAUAGUACUUGCUCAAGUUUUCCAAAUUCAAUUCACUCAAUAGCCAUAGCCAUGGAAGAAGAACAAUCACACUCCAAAAUCGAUCAAUCUCCUAAUAAUUUCUCCAUAGCCGUAGAUUAUGAUCACAAAGCCACAGAAUUCCGCCCAUUUUCAUUAUCUUCACCUCACAUGCGAGCUUUCCAUCUCGCAUGGCUCUCUCUAUUUUCAUGUUUCUUCUCUACUUUCGCAAUCCCUCCACUUCUCGAAGUUAUUCGUAAGGAUCUCAAUCUCACCCAAACUGAUAUCGGCACAGCCGGAAUCGCCUCCUUCGUCGGUUCAAUUUUCUCCCGCCUUGCGAUGGGACCUGCCUGCGACGUCUUCGGUCCACGUGUUGCCUCCGCCACACUAUCACUCCUCACUGCUCCGGUAGUCCUCUCCACUUCUCUAAUCUCCUCUGCGAAAAGCUUCAUAUUAGUUCGUUUCCUCAUCGGAUUUAGCUUGGCUAAUUUCGUAGCGAGUCAAUUUUGGAUGAGCUCUAUGUUUUCCGGAUGUACUGUUGGGCUUGCUAAUGGAUUCGCUGCCGGUUGGGCAAAUGUAGGAUCUGGCGUGACUCAAUUAGUCAUGCCGCUCGUAUAUACUCUGUUCACUACCUGCUUCAACAUUCCUUCGUUCAUUUCAUGGCGUAUUGCGUUCAUUUUCCCAGCGAUAUUUCAAGCGGCGACAGCGAUUUUGGUACUCGUAUACGGCCAGGACUUACCUGAUGGAAACUACAAACGUAAAAUUACAAAUAAUCAAAGUGAAAACGUACUUUUUAAUGGGCUGAAGAAUUACAGGGGAUGGAUAUUGGGAUUGACGUAUGGAUUUUGUUUCGGAGUUGAAUUGACUACCGAUAAUAUAAUAGCAGCGUACUUUUACAAUCGGUUUCAUGUGAAUAUUGAAAUGGCAGGGGCGAUUGCAGCGAGCUUUGGGCUAGCGAAUUGUGUGUCGAGGCCUGUGGGCGGGAUUGUUUCUGAUAAAAUGGGGAAGAGAUUUGGGAUGAGAGGGCGGUUAUGGAGUUUGUGGGCGGUGCAGACGGUGGCUGGAUUGAUGUGCGUGCUGCUUGGCCGAGUAAAUACAAUUUUGGCGUCUGUUCUGGUUAUGGCGUGCUUUUCGUUGUUUGUUCAAGCUGCUUCGGGACUCACGUUUGGCAUUGUGCCAUUCGUAUCCAAAAGGUCGUUGGGUGUAAUAUCAGGCAUGACAGGAAGUGGUGGGACUUUAGGCGCAGUUAUAACACAGCUCCUGCUAUUUUCAGGCAAAGAUCAUCACCAAAUGAAGGAAUAUUGAAGGCCCAAAAACACUGUGGACAGUUAUGUUGGGCCAUCGAGUCUAUCGUUACUUCCUGGACCAAAUUUGAGGGCUCAUACAAAUUGUUAAGUUGUUUUAAAAUGGGAAUUUUUUGCGUAUAUCCACUCAAAAAUUACUUAAUCAUGCUCCAUAGCAAUGAUUUGCUAAUUACGAUUCGUAGAUACAUAUUAGGGGUAGGAGAGAGUCAAGGGAGAGAGGGUAUAUUGUGAAGAGAGGUGAACUCUAUGUGUAUAUUUGUCAAAUUGUAUAUGUAUAUCUGUCAAAUAAUUGUAUAUAUGUAACUGGCAUACAUAUGUAUUUGUAUAUCUGGCAAGCGAAAUUGAGAGAGGAAAGAGAGAGGCGGGUGAGAGAGAGGAGAAAGACAAAUUGUAUAUAUACAUAUGUAUGAUUUGUAUUUGUAUUUGUAUAUAUUUAAGCAACGUACUUACAGUUAAAA